UUUCAUUCCAAUUCGAGAGCAAGUCGUGAGCGGUUGUGUUUCUGAUACGAACAAUUCUUCGGUGGUCCUCAUUUUAUUCAUUGUGCGCGCAUGCGUCUCUCUCUUGUCAGCCAAUUUGAAAAAUCGUGAAAAUCCUUUUGCCAUACCCAAAAGCGCAUAGCAAACAAAAGCAAAAAUCAAGAAAAAAUACCUGAGAAUAAGCAAUCAACAAAUACAAGUACAACUGCGACAGCAAUAACAACAGCAUAAGAAAAAGAAUUCAUAAUUAUUUUUGCCUGUGAUUUGUUUACGUUUUUUUUCCGAUUUUUGUAUUGUGAGAGUGUUAAGCGAACUUGGAACUGCGAAAAGAGUUUGUUACUCUUUUGUGCUAACAAUAUUCGAAUUGGAAGUGAAGGGUGUAACACAAAUACACACAAAUCCAACCGAAAAAUACACACACACAGAGCAAUCAAGGCGUGUAGUAGAAACACCGGCAAAUAGAAAACGAUAAACGAUAACGAUUGCAAAUUGCAAAAGGCUUUUUUUUGCAUUGAACAGCAGAAGAGAGAGGACCGGUUAAAGAAGCAGAGAGCGCGCGCGGCCCAAAAGGAUAAUAAACGAACACAAAAAUAAAAAAUACGUUAAUUAAAGAAACAGCAGCAACGCAGCAGAAAUUACAAAAUAACUGUAACAGCAGCAGAAGAGCGGCGAGCAGCGAGCUAAAUAAAAGCAACAAACAAAGAAAGUAAACACACACAGACUUUUUACCGGCAGGGUCCAAUUGUUAAAUUUAAACAGCCGCCACCAUUGCACCCAUCAGCACCAUGAACGGCCAGAGCUGUGAGCUGGGCCACAGCAAUGGUGACAUUAUAUCACAGAAUCAACAGAAGGGCUGGUGGACCAUUGGUCUGAUCAAUGGCCAGCACAAGUAUAUGACGGCGGAGACAUUCGGGUUCAAGCUCAAUGCGAAUGGCGCCAGCCUGAAGAAGAAGCAGCUCUGGACCCUGGAGCCAUCGACUACGGGUGAAAGUAUUAUCUAUUUGCGAUCUCAUCUGAACAAAUAUCUGUCGGUCGAUCAAUUUGGCAACGUGCUGUGCGAGAGCGAGGAACGCGAUGCUGGCAGCCGCUUCCAGAUCAGCAUCAGCGAAGAUGGCAGCGGCCGUUGGGCAUUGAAGAACGAAUCGCGCGGCUAUUUUCUGGGCGGCAAUCCCGACAAACUGGUGUGCACGGCCAAGACGCCCGGUGCCAGUGAGUUUUGGACCGUUCAUUUGGCUGCCCGACCUCAGGUGAAUUUGCGUUCGAUUGGCCGCAAGCGUUUUGCGCAUUUGUCCGAAUCGCAGGAUGAGAUCCAUGUGGAUGCCAACAUACCCUGGGGCGAGGAUACGCUCUUUACGCUCGAGUUUCGUGCCGAGGAGGGCGGACGCUACGCCUUGCACACGUGCAACAACAAAUACUUGAAUGCCAAUGGCAAGCUGCAGGUGGUCUGCAAUGAGGAUUGUCUGUUCAGUGCCGAAUACCAUGGCGGACAUUUGGCGCUGCGCGAUCGUCAGGGUCAAUAUCUGUCGCCCAUUGGCUCGAAGGCCGUGCUUAAGUCACGCUCAUCGACGGUGACCCGGGAUGAGCUGUUCUCCCUCGAGGAUUCCCUACCCCAGGCCUCCUUCAUUGCCGGCCUCAAUUUGCGCUAUGUGAGCGUUAAGCAAGGCGUCGAUGUGACGGCCAAUCAGGAUGAGGUCGGUGAGAAUGAGACGUUCCAGUUGGAGUACGAUUGGUCGGCGCACCGUUGGGCAUUGCGCACCACACAGGAUCGCUAUUGGUGUCUCUCGGCUGGCGGCGGCAUUCAGGCCACCGGCAAUCGUCGUUGCGCCGAUGCCCUCUUCGAGCUCAUCUGGCAUGGCGAUGGCUCGUUGUCGUUCCGUGCCAACAAUGGCAAGUUCUUGGCCACCAAGCGUUCGGGACAUUUGUUUGCCACCUCCGAGUCCAUUGAGGAGAUCACCAAGUUCUAUUUCUACUUGAUCAAUCGACCCAUUCUAGUAUUGAAGUGCGAGCAGGGAUUCGUGGGCUAUCGCACGCCCGGCAAUCUCAAGCUCGAGUGCAACAAGGCCACCUACGAGACCAUUCUCGUGGAGCGUGCCCAGAAGGGAAUGGUGCACCUAAAGGCACACAGCGGCAAGUACUGGCGCAUUGAGGGCGAGAGCAUUUCGGUGGAUGCUGAUGCGCCAGCUGAUGGUUUCUUCUUGGAGCUGCGCGAACCAACACGAAUUUGCAUAAGAUCGCAGCAAGGCAAAUAUUUGGGAGCUACCAAAAAUGGCGCAUUCAAGUUGCUGGAUGAUGGCACCGACUCCGCCACCCAGUGGGAAUUCUAAAAGAGAAGCACUCCAAAUGAAUGAAGAAUGCAACACGCGUGUUUAGCAAUAACAAAUACGAAAAGAUCAGAAAACACACAACACGUAUCAAUUUUCCAGAGUUCUUUUUUUUAAAAACGGUGUCGACUAAUUUGAAUGUCCAGGUUUGAAGAGCAAGUUUUGAAAAAGAAAAACGCAACAAAAGAAGUCGCACAACAGUUUAUCCUACAUGCAAAUGAAAAAUUAUAAAAAACGAAAAAAAAAAACAAUACGAAAAUUUUAAGGAAAAUGCAUGUGAAUAUAUAAAUAUAUAUAUAUAUAUACAGAUAACAAAAAAAAACAUAUAUGUAUAUUCAUAUAUAGAAAGAGAUUUUUUUAAAAACAACCUAUUUAGCUUUUUAUACGUUUUUACAAGAACAACAAAUUUAGCAUAGACAACAACCACGCCAACAACAACUGGAGCAGGAACACUUUUUUGUCGCGAGUCCAAAUUUAGCAUAGACAAGAACCACAACAACAACAACAACAACUGGAAUUAGAACCGGAACAAAAACAAUUUGUCGCGAGUCCUUCCGAUUUGAAAUAUCAGCAACAACAUAAUUAAAUGUGUAUAAACACACACACACACACAUACGUGCAAGCAUACAUACACAUAUGCAUAUAUAUUUAUUCGAUUCAUAAUGCUUUUAAAAAGGGCCGCUUAACUUAAAACAAAACAACAAAAACAAAUAAAUAAUAACACUUAAAAAAAAAACAUUAAAGAAAAAAAAUGUUGCUUAAAAAUCAACAUAUAUUCCUAUAAA